CCAAAACUAGUCAUCGAUAUUGUAUAAACGCACAAGCUAAAACUAGUAGUCAUCGCGAUACAUUACGUCCUUUUCAAUUCAAUAUGGAAUGGUUCAAUACAUAUGAUAGUUCUUUUUUGUCACAGGACGAUUUUGGCAAUAAUCAUCUUUUCGUUAAUGAUGAUUCUUACAACACUUUUAACCUUUCUACUGAUGCUGACCAUUACAAUACUUUUAACCUUUCUACUGAUGCUAGUUCUUCCAAUGCUUUUAAUCUUUCUAUUGAUGCUGGUACUUACAACACUUAUAAUUAUCUUUCAACUAAAUUUGGUCCUUCAUACAAUUCUUUAUUUGAGGAUGACAACCUUGAAGAUGAUUUUGGUAAUGAUUUUCUUUCCAUUAACGAUAUUGCUGCAAGGGACGAUUUCAGAACAGAUUAUAUUUCUAGUGAGGCUAGUCUUGGUAGUAAACCUGAUAGUACAUAUUCCAAAAAUGAUAAAGAUUCUCAGGAUCAAAGUGAACCUGUUAGUAUAGAUUCUGAAGAUAAUAAAGAUUCUUAG